AGUAACAGAUGGCACACACACCCUCAUGGCAAAACAACAACACGCCGCUAACAUGGCCACACCGAAGCUGUCAUUUCGUUUUCUCGAGAUAAAAGUGUAGGACAAGAUUAGGAAGAGCCAAGCUGCCGCGAAGAAACAUCUCAGCUAUUUUCACCAAGCAGACAACGACAGGCAAUCAAAAGAUUUUCAAACAUGGCGACUGUGUCUCUUAGCAUGGAAUUCCAAGCAUUCGUGACGAAGGAUGAGGAGGUGGAGGAUGAAGACGACGCAGCCGUGCAGUAUAUGAUCCAACAAAGCCUGCUGGACGCCAACAAACACAACUCUGAGGGCGCAGACAGUGUCUCCAUUUUCACCGCAAUAAGGCAAGGCCGUGAGAAGCUGGUGGAGGAUCUGAGCGUCAACCACAAAGAGGUUUUCUUCCAAACGGACAGCCGAGGAUGGACGGCUCUCCACGAGGCUUCGGCCCAGAGCAACCAAACCACGCUGGAGCUCACUUACGCAGCUUCGGGCGACGAGGCGCUGGAGCGUCGGACGGCGCGAGGCGAGACGCCGCUCUUCCUGGCCGUGGAGCGAGGCCUCCUGGACAACGCCGACUUCCUGCUUAGAUGCGGCGCCCUGCCCGACGCGCAGAACCAGGACCAGGACUCGCCGCUGCUCGUCGGUGGGUUUUUGUACUCCUCUUGAGUGUUUAAAAAAAGAAUCAUCAAAAGUGGAAAACUCAAUUUCUGCGACGGCAGCGGUGCGUGGCGGUUGCGGCUGCUGCUUCGGAGGGGGGCGGCCGUAGACCGGGCGGGCCGCCACGACCGGCGGCCGCUCCACGAGGCCUCGCGGCUGGGCCGCGCCGAGCUGGCGCGCCUGCUGCUGGAGGCCGGGGCGGCGCCCGACGCCCGCAGCCGCUUCGGACUCACGCCGCUGGCUCUGGCCGCGCAGGCGGGGCACCCGGAGGUGGCCGAGGUCCUCCUCCGGGAAGGAGCGGACGCGCUGUCGCAGGCUCAGGACGAGGCGUCCGUGCUGUACGAGUCGUGCGCCAGCGGCGACGCGUCGCUGGUGGCGCUGCUCCUGGAACACGGCGCCGACGCCAACGUGGCCAAGCAGAGCGGGCACCUGCCCGUACACCGCGCCGCACACAGGGGGCACCUGCGAGCUCUGACGCUGCUGAUUCCAGUCACUUCCACGGAAGACAUUUACAACAGCGGAAUGAGUCCGUUACAUUGCGCGGCUGCUGGGGGACACACACACUGCAUCCAGGCGUUGCUGGAGGCGGGUUUCGACCCCAACUACAUGCUGCACCCGUGCGUGCGUCGCGGCUAUGACGACGAGAGGAAGUCGGCGCUCUUCUUCGCCGUGUCCAACAACGACCUGCCGUCAGUGCGCCUCCUGCUGGAGGCCGGCGCCAUGACCAACCAGGACCCCGUCAAGUGUCUGCAGGUGGCUCUGCGUUUCGGCAACUACGAGUUGAUCCGAACGUUGCUGCGAUACGGCGCCAACGUCAACUUUUACUCCAGAAUCAACACCACGCAUUUCCCGUCGGCCCUGCAGUACGCGCUCAAUGACGAGGUGGUUGUGAGGAUGCUGUGUAGCUAUGGUUACCACGUGGAGCGUUGUUUCGACUGUCCCUAUGGCAACGGAUCGCACGUUCCCGAGGAUUAUGAAGGCUGGACCAACACUGUCAUCAAAGACACCAUGUUCUGCGAGGUGAUCACGGUGUCGUGGCUCAAGCACCUGUCUGGCCACGUGGUCCGGGUUCUGCUGGACUACGUGGAUCACGUGACCCUGUGCAGCAAACUCAAGGCGGCAGUCAUGGAGCAGCAGCAGUGGGGCGACAUCUGCAGGCUGCAAGAAAACGCCCGCUGCCUGCAGCAUCUGUGCCGCCUGCGCAUCCGCAGCUGCCUGGGCCGCCUGCGCCUGCGCUCGCCCACCUUCAUGAGCUUCCUGCCGCUGGCGCCACCGCUCAAGGACUACGUCCUGUACCGCGAGUACGACCUGCACGGACAACUGAAGAAUGCGCACACGUGAUUCAUCCUUUUUACCUCUUUGCUACAAAACACAUGUGGAGUCACGCGGCUAAUUAAAGGCCUUGAUUAGGGCUUUCCAGAUAUGUAAUUAUAUCAAUAACCCUGCAUGUGAUGAGGUAAUGACCAAAAAUAUGUUUUUGUCAAAUUUGACUAGUAACCAGCUCAAACAAAAUCAAUUUACAAAAAAGUACAGAGAGUAAUACCUCAAAUCAAAUGUCAUAUAGAGAGGGCUUUCCACAUUUGUAAUUAUUUUGUAAACAUCCUCAUAUCCAUAUCAAUUCCAAUAGCUGCAAUUAUGUUGCCAAUAAAUCACCAUAGGAUGA